AUGGUCAAGGCCGAACGCUCCCCCAGCCCGGCGAGGGCCAGAGGCGGCGCCCAGCACCCCUCCAACGGCGACACCAAGCCCACGGUCAAGGGUGAGGUCAAGGUCGACACGGCCGGUUCUGGUGCCGCUCACAACGGGCAUGCCGCGCAAGCCGAGGCAGCCGGCGCCGACAAGGCAGCGGCUGGGGAUUCCGCACGUCCAGAGCGUGUACAGGACGACUGGCAAGUCGCGUAUACAUGGGCGUUCAUUGUCAAGUUUGAGCUGCGCGACAAGAUUCGCAACCUCGAAUGCUUGGAAGAUUUUGAACGCUGCCUCAUGGAGCCCGUCGCCCAGCGCCCAGACGACAUCCUGGAGGGCGUGCUCGUGCGGUUUCUGCAAAACCUCAAACCGGGAUUGCGCAAUGUCAAUUGCACCAACAUCCAGGGCUCGCUGUCCAACUACAUUUCGGACAUGCUCGAGACGUCGCCCGAGUUUACAGUGUGGGACAAGCCGUGGUUGCCCAACGAGGAUGCGCGCGGUAGCUGCUGCACGACCGAGGCGGACCGCCUGAUGCGCGGACGGUUGCGAGAGCCCGACGAGGACCGCAAGGAGCGCGUCAGGCGCAACCCGCUGAAACAGAUCGAGGCGCAGGGCGGCGGCCUGUUCGAGCUCGACUGGCACGACCGCGCCAAGCUGCUUCGCCAGCUGGUCGACUGGCAGUUGACGCACGCCGAGUCGAUUCGCGAGUUUAUCAAGGAGCGCCAGCCGACAGGAAAGCGUAACGCCGAGGUGGUCGACCCGCUCAAGACUGAGCCGUUGGGUCUGGAUCACAAAAAGAACCGCAUUUGGAGCCUUGACGCGUCCGCACGCCUGUACAAGUCUGGCAACCCCUUCAAGCGGCCCUGUCCGCUCGUCCCCAUCACGUACACGCGCGCCGACGUGGUGGCCUUGCAGGAGACGUACACGACGUACGGCAACACUGUGCCGCCCAAACCGUCCGGCUCGGGCCCCAAGGGCAAAGUGUCGAAAAAGGACGAGGGGCAGUACAAAAAGCUCGUCAACGGCAUCGACGCCGAGGCGCGCCUGUCGUCUGUGCUGGCCGUGCAGGUGCUGCCGGCUGCCGAAAAGGACGAGGCGCGCGUGCAGCGCGCACACAAAAAGGCCGCCGAACAGCGGUGGGCACUGGCCAUGGCGUCUGAGCGUCCAUCGCGUACGCGCCGGUCGACCAAGAAGAUCGACUACACGUACGACGGGUUUGAGGGUGACGAGGGCGACGAGGAUGACGACACGCCGCGGCGCGGAGGUAGGAGAAGGGGGGACGCGGGAGCCGUGGGUUACGAUCCCAACAAGGGCCGUCCAGUGAUCCCCGGCGAGAGGCGGUCGGCGCGUGUGCGCGGCGGACCGGUCGAUGGAGACGACUACGCGGACGGCGAGGCUGGAGGAGGAAAUCUUUCCUCUCCAGGAGCAAGUGGAGGGGGAGGGGACGGGGACGAGGACGAUGCCUAUGGCGACUCGACCCAUGUGAAUGGGGGCCGAGGUGGGGAGCCGAUCGAGGUCGACUAG